GAUGAGGGAGGGAACGGCGAGAGGGACGGCCUAUUGCGGAGGUUGAGCAGCGAAGAGGUGGCGGCGGCGGCAGAAGAAGAAGCAGAAGCGCAGGCAGGAAGAAGAGGCGCCAUGGCGGAGAGCGACUGGGACACGGUGACGGUGCUGCGCAAGAAGGGGCCCAGCGCGGCUCAAGCCAAAUCGAAGCAGGCCGUCCUGGCUGCGCAGCGGAGGGGCGAAGACGUGGAGACCUCCAAGAAAUGGGCAGCCGGCCAGAACAAGCAGCACUCGAUCACCAAGAACACCGCCAAGCUGGACCGCGAGACCGAGGAGCUGCACCACGACCGGGUCCCCCUGGAGGUGGGCAAGGUCAUCCAGCAGGGCCGGCAGAGCAAGGGGCUGACCCAGAAGGACCUCGCCACGAAAAUCAACGAGAAGCCGCAGGUCAUCGCAGACUACGAGUCGGGCAGGGCCAUCCCCAACAACCAGGUGCUGGGCAAGAUCGAAAGAGCCAUCGGUCUCAAGCUUCGUGGGCGGGACAUCGGCAGGCCCCUCGAAAAGGGCCCGAAAGGGAAGUGAUGACAAAGCCUCGAAAUCAGUUUGCCCCGACUGAUCUCGCCUGGCCGUUCGCCACUCUGCGCAUGGCCAGGAUCUCUUUGUCUA